GAUUAUUUAACCGAUACUGUCGCAUUUCAACUUGUUUUUCGGAAGACCUAGAAUAUACCAGCUAUUCGAGAACAUAGUUCGUAAUUGAUAUAAACUCGUAACAUUUUAUUAAUAAAGACACAAUAACACACUUGGAAAUAAAUAAUAUUGCUAGGGGAUUUCCAUUUCCUAACAGAUUAUGGCUCGUGUGUGUCGCAAAAUGUUUAAGUAAAUAACAAGAAAUGUCGUCCAAAAUACUGCUUGAUUUAUACAGACGUGAUCCGUCUGGGAAUAGGGUUGUUGUGGUUCAGAACUUACAGGAAAAUGUGCGCAAGGACAAUCUACAGAACUACCUUGAGGUAAUAUGUUCAAAGGAACAGACGGACAUACACUUCCCCGUAGGAGGAGCUGGUGUUGCUAUUGCCGUAUUUGAGAAAGAUGUUGAAGAAAAGGAUAUGUCUGCAGCACUACAAAAGGAUAUAAUUCAUGAACGAACCACGUCUCCUGGAAAUGUAUCUCUAGGACAAAGGCAAGAGAAGCCUCUAAUGCAUGAAAAUGAAGAAUCGGCAGCGAUAACUUGUGGUAGGGCAGUGGAAAACAUGCCACCAAGUCCAAAUUCUGCAAAUACAGAACAGACGAACUAUGAUUAUAAUCGCAAACAUGAGCGUAUUAAACCUGAAUCGGCAGGGCAUGAAACGUCAAACAACGACUUAAAACUAAAAAUAAUUUCCGAUGACCCUGCGGACCAAACUGUUGAAACGCAUAUCGAAAGACACGAUCGCGCUGCAUCACUUAAUCCACAGGAAUAUGAUACGCGACGAUCUACUGCUUGGCAUGAUCAAGAUAAAGACAGAAAUUAUGGAGUCAGCAAUGUCCAAACUCCAAAAGUAGCUGCCUUGAAGCCGGUUAUUAGAAACGUUCAAAGACAGAUGUCAACUGACAGCAUUGAAUACUUAAAACAACAUGUGCAAAAGAAGACCGUUGAAGUUGUCUUAGAACAGGCGAAGGCAAUGUGCUUCAGGUCGUGUUUUGAGGAGAAACUUAGGCGAUAUAUUGUGAAAAGACACGGCCAAUUAAAUGUUGAAGUGCAAAGUUGGGACCCUCUUAAAAUAAGAGUAUGUGUGGAAGGAGAAGAGUCACUUAUUGAAGAAAUGGCCAACAUUGUGAACCAAAUUUGGCACGAGAAAAUUGAAUUCAAUAGAAUAUCAGACAAAGCUAUAGAUAAGUGGCUGAUUAUGAAAGGACUCGACAGUUCAUUGGGGAAAGAUUUCCUCAAAAACUUCGAAAAACAACACAAUUGCUUUAUACAACUUUCCGAAGAAGGAGAGUUUAAAGUUCUAAAACCGAAGGUACAAACAGAUGAUACUGAAGGCGAUAAUCUUCAUAGACAAGCAACACGUUCAGUGCCAGAUUCUGAGUUUGAGAUUCUCCACAGUGAUUAUGAGCAAGAUUCGGCUCAAACUGAAGCACCGUUAUCUGGAAGACGAAAAUAUGAAAAGGAACAGGAAGAAGGAAUCCUCUAUCAAGGCGACAUGCAGAAAGGCUAUGGCGAGCGUCAAAAGACAAAACAGAAGCGGACUCCCCGCUCCCGUUUUCCAGAAAAGAAACCAGUUCCUAAUCUUACAGUAGUGGUUAUAGCAAAAAGAAAAGACCUAUGCGUGACAGCAAGGAAUCAGCUAGGAAAACGCAUACAGGAAGAAUUUCUGCACGAGGACAGCAUUGAUAAGAGGCAGAAGAUAUCUGAAGAGGCUAAAUGUAAAAUAGCGUCGAUAAUUGACCAACACAGUAUUGAGUCAAUUAAAGAAAAAGAUAAAUAUAUAUUAAAAGGUUAUAAAGAAAGCGUUGUCCGAGCUCGUAUGAAGAUAUUAGAAGUUUUGUUAGAAGAAAAGGUCAACACAGACAAAAGACGAAAACGCAGAGAAAAUGCUAAAAGGGGAACAAGAGAAUUUAUUCAGCACAUGGUAGAGGAAAUUCAUACAAUUCCUCCAUACUGGUCAAAAUACAAACCGGAUGGGACACUAGAAUCUAUACUGACCAAAGAAGUCAAACAAGCUUUCAAACAACAAAAGUAUGAAAAAGUUCAGCUUGACAGUAAUGGUGACACAUUCAAAACCAUAGUUAAAAUGGUUACUUCGACAUUCGACAGCAGUAAAAUAGGACAAGGCCAGGACGCGGUAGGUCUCGAUCAGUUAGAUUACUCACAGUUGUAUGUGGUGAACAUACAAAGGAUAGAGAACAUUGAGUUAUAUGAAAAAUUUACUUCCGCAAGACAGAAAGUGUUUUUCCAGUUAUUAAAAUCUGGUGAUGAAAGAUUUCCAAAGGUUGAAGAACUUCCUGAUUGCAAUGGUCAAAUCCAAACCAGUCAGUUUUUGAAUGCAUCGUUGGAUAAAGAUUUGCAUACGGAAAUCAAUGAAGUUCUGUUGUUUCAUGGGACAAAAGAUGAAAAUAUUGGAACUAUUUGCACCAGUGGUCUUGAUCAAAGACUAGGAAGUCGUAAAGCUAUGUUUGGGCCUGGAAUUUAUGGGGCUGAGUGCUCAACAAAAGCAGACCAGUACGCAGAUGAAAAGACAGCUAGGAGAGCUGGUCAAGGCAUUCCAAGGAACAUGUUCCUGAUACGGAUGGUUCUGGGCAAUUCGUACUUGUGCAAUGAUCUGAAUCCACCCAAAUAUCGACGACCACCAUGCACGUCGUGUUACAAGGAUGAUUGCAAGGAUACCAAGCACGCUAGACAUAAGUAUGGCCACAUGUUUGAUUCGGUUGUUGCCGAUAAUGGGAAGCUGUUUAGAGAAUUUGUGGUGUAUGACAAUGCUUUGUGCUACCCUGAAUAUCUCAUUACAUAUGAAAGACGUUAGUGAGUUCGCCUGCUUCAUGACUGCCUUUUAUACAUGUAUAUUUUAUGAGAUUGUAUACAACUUUGUGAUUGGGAAAAUCAUUUAUACUGAUAUUUAUUUAAAUGAUAAGGCAUUAAAGUUUAUUUUGACGCCACUAAGGAAUCCAUCAUUGGCUGAUAUUUUAAACUGCCCAAAACUAAACAAAUCUCGUUAUAUUUUGUUUUAACCAUUUUGUUGAAUACAAACUAGUUAUUGAAUUGGCGAAUGUCGUAGGGUUAUUUUUUGUAUUCCGCUAAGUAACCUAAAUUAGGAGAUGCCGAUACUAAUAAAACUUAGUUAUAUGCAUAAAGACCCAGUUUGAGAUAGGGAUUAAUGUCCCGGUCACUGCUACCAAAGAUAGAAAAAAAGGCGGUUUCCGCUCAAUAACUUCAGUUUGCAUUGAUGUAUUUUAAAUGACCUUGGGCUAAAUAUAGCUUACAGAAAAUACCAAGGUAGAAAUGUAUACGGGGUCACUUAGGUUCAAGAUCAGCUUUACUUGAUUAAUGUGUAUAUAACAAAGAAAUCCACCAUUACGUAGUGGUCUACCGCAUUGGUCUACUUUACAUUUUGUAAUGUUGAACAGAAGGGUUGUCAUUCAAAUCAUGGUCGAGGCCUCACUUUAAAAAAAAAAUAGAAAGGUAAUUCUAAUGCCGUAGGGUAAAUGCCAAUAAUUACUGAAAAUAAACUGCUAGUUUAAACUGUGAUAUCUAAAAGCAUAUAUAUAGUUAGCUUAUAUAGUAAGCUCAUAUGAAGAAAUGGCUUUAGAUAGUAUUUGUGGUCACUGUUACUAAAAAAAUGGUUUCAUCUAAUACCUUAAAUUUUUGAUAACCUGUUGUCAGCAAACAUUGUGUGUAAGUAGCUUGUUAUCAAAGACAAAGGUUGGGAAUAUAUUUGGGUCAAGGUCAAGUUCAACGUUAGAUCUACUGACAAAUAGAAAAAAGAUGCCUGCUCAAUAACUUUAGUUAGAGAUAAGAUAAUUAAUAGUUCAUACCUUACGCUGUAGGCUGAAGUGUUGGUAUAUUUAUCUUUUGAAUUGUUGAAUGCGGUUCAAAUCCUAGUUUUGGCUUUACGUUUUACUUUUUUGUGUGCUUGAACAGGAGUCUUUCAGAUGUCACCUGGUUUAGGUCACUGUAACCUAAAGUAGAAAACCAGUUUCCACUCAGUUACUUGUGUUAGACGCGACCAGUUGUUAUGAUAAUUGGUAUUUAGGUAGCUUGGAUGGAUAUAAUGUUGAUGAUUGAAAAUUGUGCCGCUAAUGUCAAGACCAAGGUCACCGUUAUAAAAAAUAGAAAACAUUGUUAACGUAAACUAAUGAUCUGAAUCGGGAAUGAUAAUGAAAUGCUUGUAUAUCUGUAAGUCUGAAUAGCAUGACUGGAUUCAGUCAAAUAUUUAUAAUUGAAAAUGACUUCUUUAAACAGAACCUCACAAUGGCAUGAUGCUAAGUUUGAAAACCUGGUUUCCGUGGAUUUUCUAAGGUUCUUUUCUUUUACAUAUAAAAUAGAAGUAUUUUUAUGGAAGUUUUUAGAAUUGCUCCUUCACGUUUACCAAUAUGUUUUAACGUGUCUUCUCUACCUGUAAGGGGAAGUAAGUGUGUUUGGGUUUGUUGGAAAUAGCUUUGUAUAUUGAUACUGUUGUUAAAACUUUUCACAAGUAUUGUCCUGUUUCAUAACAUGUUCUGUACAUUUAGCAUUAUAAAUCCAUUAAAACCGUUAACCGUUUUAAAUCCUUUACAAAUACGAUUUUGUAAUAAAUGAAAACAUACAUGAAAUACAAGGUCAAUUAAAUUCAUUGAAUAGACCGCGUUGUGUUCUGCUAGAAUAAUAUAAAGCCGUCGUUACUUUAUUUUCUCUAAGCUAUGAUUUGUUUUGACGGGAUCUACCAGUUGCUAUUUACGAAAAAAGGUCUUUACUAUAAUUUCACAUCCCGUCUCCCUCCCCACUUCCGAAGUAAAAAUAUUACGGAUUUCAAAAUUUAUUUAAAGACUUUGAUAUCUUAUUGUUGACACUAUCUGUAGAUUUCUCCCUGUUAUAUACACGUAUAGAGAUAGGCAAAACAUGUUUGAAUGCUCUAGAAUAUACAUAUGAGCCGCGUCAUGAAAAAACCAACACAGUGGCUUUGCGACCAGCAUGGAUCCAGACCGGCCUGCGCAUCCGCGCAUUCUGGUCAGGAUCCAUGCUGUUCGCUAACAGUUUCUCUAAUUGCAAUAGACUUUAAAAGCGAACAGCAUGGAUCAAGACCAUAUGCGCGGAUGCGCAGCCUGGUCUUGAUUCAUGCUGGUCGCAAAGCCACUAUGUUGAUUUUCCCAUGGCGCGGCUCAUAUCACGCUUAAAACGACAGUAUAGCACUGUCCGGAAAAACCCUCAUCUCGAUGAACAUGUGGGGUCAUUAACGAUCAAAUGUGUGCUAGAAGAUCAAUAUCACUUAUUGACAAAAUGAAAAAAAAUGUUCAAGCAUUGCAAAUCUAGAUAUAAGUAUGUAUUGCUUAAUACACUGCACAUUUUGACUGCUCCAAUUAGAGUCAAAUGAUAGGCCUGUGAGAAGUCUCUUACCAAUGUACCUCUUAAAGGCUGUCAGUAACAUUGGAACAUUUAAUGACAUUUUUAAGUUUUCAUAUAUUUUAGGAACAAAUAGAACACAUACAUGGAGUUAGAUUCAUAUUGGAAAUGUAUACAUUUUUGUAUUUUGUUACUUUUUAUGAAAUUUAGUAAUUACCUCCCUUCAAUGUAAAAUAUAUAAUAAAUUUCUUUUGAUUUCAAUAUAUUUUCUAGUUUUACAGUUGCAUUUGAUAAAUGGUGGGAUAUUUCAUCUACCUAAAACAAAAAGCUUUAAAGCAGUGUUUAGAUUCGGAAUUAAUAUUUUUUGCGGAACAGAGAUAGACAAAGGGAACACAGACAUACAACAAAAGAAAAGAAAGGUGGAUGUGUAUAAUAAAAGGGUCAUUGUAACAGAAGCUUGCUCUGGGAUUAUAUAUAUUCGGCUCCAUCGAUUUCGCCUGGCCGGAUUACUCUCGGCGCCUCCUCACUACGUGUGAGCCAGAUUUUCAAAAUACACUCGAGCGGGCGGAUUACAGAAUAUCAUAUUUUGUUGGUGUUAUAUAUAAACCCACUUUAUAUGUAACAAAGAAGUUGUUACAAGCAAAACUUUUCUUUUUAUCAGAUCUAUAUAUAUUUUUUUACCUAAAUACUAGAUCUUAUUUAACAUUUAUUUAUGUAACAAUGAAUAAAAUUUCUCCUUUAUUUCUGUAAAGAAAUGCAGGCGUAUUUCAUACUGUUUUAAUAUAUAUUGUUUUACUUAUGCUGUACGUAUGGGGAGACAUAAAAUAUUUGAAUUGAAUUGUAUUUAAUUGUAUUGUAUUUCAAUUGUAUGCUUCAUGUAUGUACAAGGAAAAGACUGAAAGUAAAGUAAUACAACAUU